CACACACACACACACACACACAGGGUCAGUGUGAGUUUGUUCUUUGUGUUUGCUGUUAAUUCAUGAAGGAUUUUCUUUAAGAUUCUGUUCUAAGCUCACAGUCAUGAUGAGUCCUGAGUCCUGCUUCACCUUCUGUUCCUCAGCUCCUCCUGCUGACUGACAGAAACUCCUCCAUCUAAUCAGCAGAGAGAUAAUCCUGCUCUUCUCGCCUGUAUAUCGGGACGCGUCCCAGAUCUUAACACUUCACAUGAUUAUAAACGGAUCCUUCACAGCCAGAUCCUCGUUUCUGGUGACUCUGAUUUUAAAGCAAUAAUGUAGACUUUAGUAUGAAGAGUUAAUUAUAAAUAUCUUCACCGUUGUGAUCAGCUUCAUCACCACGAUCAAGUCAAGAAGCUUUUAGUGUCAUUUCCACUAUAUAGCUGACGCAGUACAUUACAGUGAAAUGAAGACAUUUCUUCAGGACCAAACACUAAAUCCAUCACCUGGUCUUGGUUCCAAUCCACUCUGGGAUUUGUUCUUGGUUUGUAUGUGAGAUUCUGCUUCAGUGUAUCACUAAUCAUCAUCAUCAUCAUUACAUUACUUGUUUAUUAAAGUGCUGAUGACUGAAUCCGUCCCAAUCUGACCGGUGUGAACUGGUUUGCUGCACACUGACAUGCACACGUUCACCAGAGACCUGAAUAAUGUGAGGAUUCGACCCACAGCGUGUGUUUAAUGAGAAGUACUUCUGCUUGUUCAGCCUUUCAGAAGGUCCAAUAAGCUGAAGUAAUCUGAUUAUUCCCCCUGUUCACCUGUCUCUUAAACACACACACACACGUACACACACACAAGCCUGAGUGAACCAGGACACACACACACACAUGAACAUGGCUAUAGCUAAAGAAGACAUUUAUCCUCAGAAGAUUCUGGACUACAUGGAGGGUUUCAUGGUGUCGAAGACUCUGUUUGUGUCAUGUGAGUUAGGAGUGUUUGACCACCUGCACGCCUCGGACCACCCGCUGACCGCUGAGGAAGUGGCACAAGAAUUGGGAACAAAUAAAGAUGCAACAGAACGACUUUUAUCAGCUUGUGUUGGACUCGAACUCCUAAUCACACAGUCAGAUGAAAAAGGACAAGCUGUUUACAGUAACACAGAUAUGUCCACCAUGUUUCUGACGAAAUCGAGCCCCCGAUCUCUUCAUCACUCCAUCGAGUACUGCUCCAACACUAUUUACCUGUGCUGGCGUUACCUGAAGGACGCAGUCAGAGAGGGAAGGAAUCAGUAUGAGAAAGCGUUCGGUGUAAACUCCAAGGAUCUGUUUGAAGCCCUGUACAGGUCUGAGGAGGAAAUGGUGAAGUUUAUGCAGCUGAUGAACUCCAUCUGGAAUGUUUGUGGUCGAGAUGUGAUCAGUGCCUUCAACCUUUCUCAGUUCAGGAGCAUCUGUGAUCUCGGAGGCUGCAGUGGAGCUCUGGCGAAACAGUGUGUGUCGAUCUUCCCCACGUGUGAAGUCACCAUCUUUGAUUUGCCGAAAGUCAUACGAAUGUGUCGCAAACACUUCCUGUUUACGGAGCACGAGAGAAUAUUGUUCCAUGAAGGAGACUUUUUUAAGGAUAAUCUUCCUGAAGCUGAUCUUUACAUCCUGGCCAGGAUUCUGCACGACUGGACAGAUGAGCGGUGUGUAGAGCUGCUGAACAAAGUUUACCAAGCUUGCAGGCCAGGAGGCGGUGUGUUAGUGAUCGAGUCGCUCCUUUAUGAAGAUAAGAGCGGUCCUCUCUCCACUCAGCUGUACACACUGAACAUGCUGGUUCAGACUGAGGGUCGAGAGCGCCGAGCGUCUGAGUACACACACCUGCUCAAUGCUGCUGGCUUCACAGACACACAUGUUCACAUGACGGGGAAACUCUACCACAGCAUCCUCGCUCGCAAACAGACACCAGGGUCUACCAUCACAGACGAAAAGAUGGAUGUUAUUUGAGAGCUCUGUUUCUUUAAUAAGUAUUUAAACAGCUGUAACUUUUAUGUUGAAGUCCUUUUCAUAUACAUCUGUAUGGAGCUUUUAUUCUGUAACUCCAGCUGGGUCAUUAAUGUGGUCCCCACAAUAUGAUUUAUUUCUUGUUUUGUGGUGAUCAGGACUUAAUGUCCUCAUGAUCGCUGCAUGGACCCCAUAGUUAAUAUGUAAUGGAUUAUUAAAGCUUUAAGCCUUUAUUCUCAUAAACACUGUCAGUUUAUUGUGUGUUCUGUUGUACAUUUAUUACACAAUGGUGUUUUGUGUGAAUGUAUAGUUGUGUGCUGUGAGAGCUUGUGGACGCUCUGUUUCCUCUUUCAGCUCUAUUAACGCUCUGUAUCUAAAAGCAGCUCCUACAAUUAACCUGUGGUGACUUUAACUGUGCUCUCAGGACCAGAGGCCUGCUGGGUAACUGCAGUGUUGUGUGUGUGUGUGUGUGUGUGUGUGUGUGUGUGUGUGUACACUCAGUGUAUUGUCUACUGUACACAUCAGUCAGUAGGAAGAAUGAGGACAGCUGAACAAACCACCACUGUUACCAUGGUAACAUGAUUCAUAUAAGGGUUACACACCCAACACGAUCCCAGUUUGUUGACGUCUCAUUAAAGUCCCUGAUAUAAAUAGGAGUGAGACCAGAUGAGCCGGUAUGAUGUGUUAAACACCGGUAUGUCAAGAAGUUUGUUGUGAAACUUCAUUCCAUUUGUUGUGUCAGGAAACAUUUAGUCAGACUUUA